AUGGGGAGGCAGGGCAGUGACCACAAAAUCCAGAAGGGCGGCGGGAUCAUAGGGGGGACGAUGUCGACGACUAUGCCGACGACAGUUUCGAUAAUGGAGAGAACGGACAUGACGGCCAUCAUGCUCAUCAUUUGCCCCGAGGGUCCCGCUGAGGAGGCCGCAUUUUGCGCCGUAGACAAGACCUGCUCGCUAAUCCAUUUGGAUAAGUUGAAGCCGAAGUUCAGCCGGAACGGUCCGCCCGGCCACUGUACGCCACUACCUGUGGACGCCGCCGCCACGACCGAAGCCCCGCCGUCGCAGUGCGGCAGAAUGUUCUCCAACUUACUCACGCCCUCCUGGAACCGCACCGCCUGCGUUUCAGUCAUCACCGCCGACACCAGAGAAUGGUAA